CUUGCGCGCGCGACCCGCGACUAGCCAACCGAACCAACCGCCACCGAGCCAGUUCCAUUUCCUUCCAGGCCCUGCGCCGCACAGAGCGGAGCGCCCGGCAGCCGCCGCCAUGGCCGACGUCGAGAAGGGGGCCCCCGUGCCCGCCGCGGCGCCCCCGGCCGAGGGCGCGGACGCCGCGGCCGGCGGGAGGAGCGGCGGAGUGGUGGGCGCCGCGCUGCUGCGGUGGCGGGCGCAGGACGUCCUGGAGCGGUCGGGGUCCGCGCUGCGCGCCGGGGCGUGGGCGCUCUCCCUGCUGGCGUUCCUCGUCAUGGUCUGCAACGAGCACGGCGACUGGAAGCAGUUCGACCGCUACGAGGAGUACAGGUACAUCGUCGCCGUCGGGCUGCUGGCCUUCGUCUACACGACGCUGCAGCUGCUCCGGCACGGCGUCCGCCUCACCGGCUGCCAGGACCUGCAGCCCAAGACCGGCCUCCUCGUCGACUUCGCCGGGGACCAGGUUACCGCCUACCUGAUGAUGUCGGCACUGUCAGCCGCGAUCCCGAUCACCAACCGCAUGCGUGAGGGCGCGGACAACGUGUUCACCGACUCGUCGGCGGCGUCCAUCAGCAUGGCCUUCUUCGCCUUCGUCUGCCUCGCGCUCUCCGCCCUCAUCUCCGGCUUCAAGCUCGCCAAGCAGACAUACAUCUGAGGCUCAACGCACGGCCACUCUGCACAUUUCAUUCAUGGGUCUGUUAAUCUGGCCAAUCGUGUACAGUAGUCUGAAUUGCGUGUGUCAUUACCGCUGGUUGUACAUAGUAACAUAGCCGAUUAUUUCUAUCAUUGUUACCUGAUUGUGUAGUAUACACUAGGUAGGUUUGGUUCCAUUGUGACUUGAGGCCUGGUUUGGAAUGGAUCGGAAUUCGGAAGUGAUUUUCAAAGCAAUUCUUAAGGAAUCAGAUUCAAUUCGUAAA